UUAGAAAUUUCUGGUGCUGAUUAAAUCUGACGAUAAUUUGUAGCCGAAAUUGUAAACGUCAAGAUGACGGCAUAUUUGAUGGUGCAAAAAGUUGACGGUAACAUGUAAUAAAUUGGAAAGCCAAAUUUUGCUUUUCAAGUUUUUUUUCUGCAACUUGAAGGCAAACUUUUGCAUUAAUUUGUACUCUAAUUACAACUGUAGGUUUACGUUCACUUUUAGUUCAUGUUUUACUCACACUACAGUCAAAACUUGGACCAGCAAAACUUGAUGCAAACUUGACGUUAAUCCAGCAGAAAAAACUAAGCAGCAAGUUUUUUUAGAGAAAGUCUAUUAGGGAAUCUAAUUGAAACUCUAUCGGAUUUCUAUCAAAUUCAAAUAUUCAAUCAGAAUUACGCGGGAAUGUUCCGAGUCCGAGUAACUGAUUGAAUUUCAGUCGAAUUUAAUCGGAAAAAACGUUUAUUAUUUUCCUAUUUAAUCCGAUUUAAAUUUUUUAAUGAUCAGAUUCAAAAGAAUCUGAUAAUUUUUUUGAUUGAAAGUCAAUCGGAAAUUUCCGAUUAGAAGUUUCCGAUCAGAUUCAAUUGGAGUUUUUAAUCAAGACUUCGUCUUUCCAUAGAAAAGCAGACAAUAAGAAAAUCAGUCAAAAAAAGACGAAAAUCUCUGCAGGAAUAUUCACUGCGAACCCUUUUUUCUUCGUAUCUAAGUUAUUUUAUGAUCCUGAACUUAGAAGACUUUCGGAUAUUUUUUUCAACAAAUGAAAAUAUGCAUAUGUAGAAAAUUAAAAAAGCUAUAAGUGAAAUUUUUUAAAAUAAUUUUUUUUUAAAUUUAUCGUUCCUAAAAGAAUCAAAAAAUUAUUAGACGUCAGCUAACUUCAGUAUCAUGUUAAAAAUGGUGUCACAUUUAUCCACCCCCAAAAAACUAAAAAAAAGGAUUAAAGUAUUUAGUAAAAACAAUUUUCACUUGUUAGACAAAAAUUUAUCUAUUUAUAUAUAAUAUUUCAAUUGUUAUCUUUACAAAUUUAAUCAAUGGACUUAUCUAAUAAAUUUGAUUAAGUAAAUAUUAGUAUCUAUAAUAUAUUGUAACAAAUAGUCGAUAUAUUAUAUUUUAUCGCGUAGGGCGAUAAAAAUUCAUAUAAAUUCUAUGGGACAUUGCGACGACUAAUCACUAGUUUUUUUUUUUUUAAUAUAUCGCAACAAUGCGCAUUUUGAUUGUUUUUUCAAUAAUUUGUUUGGCUGCGUGCGCCGCUGAGAAAAAAAUUGUCUGCUACUUUGGUAGCUGGUCAGUUUACCGCCCGGGAAAUGGAAAAUUUGACAUUGGGGACGUAGACCCGACGCUGUGUACUCAUUUGAUUUACACGUUCGUCGGAUGGAAUGGAAAUGACGUAAAAGUACUUGAUCCCUGGAACGAUUUACCGAAUGGCUUAGAUGGAUUUGGUCGAUUCAAUGCUCUGCGUAAGAAAAGUCCAUCGAUCAAGACAUUGGUAGCGAUUGGCGGUUGGAAUGAGGGUUCACUGAAAUACUCCAAGAUGGCAAGCAAUCAAAAAUCGCGGGAACGUUUCGCAGACAGGGCUGUGGCAUUUGUGAAGAAAUGGGGCUUUGAUGGAUUCGAUCUCGACUGGGAAUAUCCUAAUCAACGUGGUGGCUCAGCUAAGGACGUUAAGAACUUCGUUGAACUGGUGAAGGUAUUGAAACAGAGAUUCGAUAAAGAAGGAUUGAUACUGAGUGCUGCCGUAGCUGCCGCUGAAUCGUCGGCAUCUAAAUCGUAUGAUAUUGCUGAGAUGAGCAAGUACUUGGACUUUAUAAACCUGAUGGCUUAUGACUUCCACGGCGCCUGGGAACCCACGACUGGUCUCAAUGCCCCAUUGCACGCUGCUGCAAGUGAUUCAUACGAAGCUCGCGGAUUGAAUUCGGAAGCAGCAGUGAAGUACUGGUUAUCCAAAGGAGCUCCCAGAGAAAAAUUGAUCCUCGGAGUCCCGACCUACGGACAUAGCUUCACUCUCGCGAAUCCCCGGUCCUACGGAAUUGGAGCCGCUUCCUCAGGAAAAGGAGCCGCAGGACCUUACACUCAACAAAUAGGAAUGCUUGGUUACAACGAAAUCUGCGAGAUGCAGAAGAACGGCGGAUGGAAAGUCAACUACGACGAAGAAAGACAAGCCCCAUGGGCACACAAGGAUCGUCAAUGGAUCGGAUUCGACAACAUCAAAUCGAUAAAAGCAAAGGCCGAGUUCGCAAAACAAUUGGGUCUAGGUGGUGCCAUGGUCUGGUCCAUCGAAACCGACGACUUCCGCGGAAUUUGCGGUGAAAAAUACCCGCUGCUAAAAACACUCAAAGCCGUUUUACUCAACGGUGAAGAGGUCUCCCGAGACCAGGACACCGUCGACAAUAAUGAGGUUCCCAAUGAAGUGGACGAACCAAAUAACUCAGACGACUCAACUCCAACAGACAAUAAACCUAGACCUCUACCGCUAACUACCAUCGGUAAUUGCCAAGCAGAAGAACCCGCGGCCUUACCAGGUACCUGCGACUUUGUAAUGUGUUCUUCCAAUCAUCGUGGCGGAUACUACGAGACUCCAAUGAAGUGUCCUAAAUUCCUUUGCUUUAAUCCCACGGCACGUAUUUGCGACUGGCCAAGAAGGGAUUAAUUCACCCACCGGGUUAAAAAAGUUAUAUUACUUCUGUAU